CAAAUGACGGCACUGUGAUGGGGGGACAGCUCUGUUAGGGAGCUGAAUUAGACAAUUGUAAAAAUUGAAGCUGAUGACGCUUUUAAAUGUCUUUUUUUAAAAUCAUGUUAUUUCCUGUGCACAGAUAAAAUGGUCUGCAUAGUGGAGUAGGGUUGUAUAGUUUAAUAAAGACAACAAACCAAAGGUUGUUGAAGCUAAGCUGUAGUUUCCAUAGUGACAGUACUACUCUCGUUACACAGAUCAGCAGAAGCUCAGGUGUGACCUGCAACAGGGAGCAGGUCUCGUUACGGCCAUCUGGAGAAGAUGACAGAUCUGGUGGCAGUUUGGGAAGUGGCCUUAAGUGACGGCGUUCACAAAAUUGAAUUUGAGCAUGGGACAACCUCAGGAAAACGUGUCGUGUAUGUGGAUGGAAAGGAGGUACUAAGGAGGGACUGGAUGUUCAAACUGGUUGGAAAAGAAACUUUCAGUGUUGGAGGAACUGAAACUAAAGCAACCAUCAAUAUUGAUGCAGUUAGCGGCUUUGCCUAUGAAUAUACGCUUGAAAUUAACGGGAAAAGUCUCAAAAAAUACAUGGAAAACAGAUCCAAGACCUCCAUUACAUGGGUAAUAAACCUGGAUGGAGUGGACUGUCGGAUAGUACUAGAGAAAGAUACGAUGGACAUAUGGUGCAAUGGGAAAAAAAUGGAAACUGCGGGAGAAUUUGUUGACGAUGGCACAGAGACCCAUUUUACUAUCGGAGACCAUGAGUGUUAUAUCAAGGCAGUGAGCAGUGGGAAACGAAGGGAGGGCAUAAUCCAUUCUCUAAUCGUGGAUGAGACAGAAAUACCAGAGGCAGCAGAGUGAUAUUCACUUAAAUAACUAGGAUUUCACUUUACAAAUGUGACCAAGCCUGCUGAUAAUCCCAGCUGUUAAGAAUUUCCCAAACCGGUCCCAAACCAUCUACAAGUGAACCCAACGAUUGCACAAUUGAAAUAAUGUUAGAUUAUGUGCACAGUGUGCUGCAUACAAUUGAAUGUGAAAAAGAAGCUGCAAUAAUCCAUUAAUUUUAACUGUGUUGUGUAACAGGUUAUAUUUCUGAAGGAUGUAAUGUGGCAAUGAAAGUGUUUUUGUACUUUACAAAAUAUCUUGAAAGAAAUGGAUCUGGCAGCAGCGUUUUUAAAUUUGCCUUGAAUUAGACAUCAAUUCAUGUCGUAUCAUUUUUAUUAUAUCUCAUUGCAAUACAAACCUGAGGUUUAAUGGAUUGUACAAAGAGCCUCUGCUGUAGCCCAACAUUUCUUUCUGUUCUUUUGUAAUGACAUAAUGUCUUUCCAGAUAUAAAGUAAACCCUGCUAAGAACAAUUUCAAUUCAAUUACUUGUCAUCUUUUGUAUUCCUACUUUGUAAGGACAAUGUAAAUCAUAUUAUUUGGUAUUUUUAAUUAGGUUUUUCAAAAUUGUGUUCUACUUUAGCAGUCUGCUGUGAAUUGGGUCCAGGGACUUUGCAAAAACAUCAACAUUGCCACCAAUUAGUAAAAUGUGUCUUGGUCAUUUAUUUCAAACCUCUCAUUAUUUUUAAGACUGAAAGUGUCUUCUAUUUUAGAGCUGAACACAUGAACAUAUUUGGUGUGUGUGCGUGUGCGUGUGUGUGUGUGUGUGUGUAUAUUACUGUACUCUACUUUUUCCUGAAUGUUUCUAUUUUUAUUGAAAACCAACAUACUGUCAUGUGAUAUGAUGUAUAUCAUUCUCCCAAUUUGUAUCUGAAUUACUAUUUGAAAUCUAAUGUUCUCAGAACUCUGAGAGAAUUCCUCUGGGUAAGAAGCUAAGAAGCCUAAUUUGUGAACACUAAUCGAGUCACUGAAACUGUUUUUUAAUAGUUUAAAAUCAAAAAAUGACAGCUAAGUAAUGUUGCAAUGUUUAUAGGUUCUGUGACAUUAUACACUGUACUCUGUUGUUUCCCUAAAGUAUCAGUCUUGAGAAGAUCAAGUGUGAAUUAAGUACAGUGCUCCCCUUUAUAACGCUGCAGUUGGGAGCCAUAGUUAAGAGACUGCUGUUUGUGUUUUGCCUUAUAGAGGAUACCACUGUUACUGUAAUGGCAUUAUGGGGCAAAUGGGAGCCAUGACCGUAACACCUUAUAACCUGUUCCGCAGUUUAAAGGGGAAGCACUGUACUUUCAGUUUAGGAUUUACACAAGGGUGCACUUGGCUCACAGCUCAGGUUUUAUUUUUUUUAAUCCUUAUCAAAUUAAAUACUGUACAUUUUCUAGAAAAGAUGAAUAUGUGUGAACCAUUAUUUUGUUGACUGUUUGUAGAUAAUGCAAUAUUAUCGCAUUAAUUAACCUUCAGCAAAAAAAAAAAAAAAGUUUUUGAAUGUACUGUAGCAUUGCUAGUGUCCUGCUUUUGGAAAUGUAAACUAUAUUACCAUGCAUUGUGCAUGUGUAUUUGUAUCAACUUACAAUAAAUACACAUUUUAAAAUUAUUUUUAAAUGAACAGAAAUACACGGUAGUCUUUUAACUAAUUUUGCUACAAAUACAAAUGAAAUUAAUUGUAACAAGUUGGCUUAUUUAACAUUCAGCCAUUGUAAUCCUUUUUUAUGUAGCAUGAAACUAUGUUUGGUUUGCAACACAAAUUUAUAAUCAAAUAUAUAUGACUUGUCAGAUGAUAUACCAUGAUUUUUUAACAUUGUUUUUUGAUGUUGCUUACUUGUAUAACACUUGCCUAUGAUUAUAAACAUCCUCACAAAAAAAGAAAAUAUCUGUAAGGUGCAGUUGCCAUGAAAAAAAAAAAAUACACAUUUACUUUUUGUAAUUUAAAAUGCAGCUUUAAGAUCACAGUUUGUACAAUCCUGUACUUUUCACAAAAGGCACCUUUUUUACUGUGUAAAUUACUAAGGUAAACUUUAAAAGUGUUCACUUUUGUCUGCUUGACUUGGUUUCUCGGCUCACAAGAGAAUACAGUAAUUUUAUUGUAAUAACUCAGUAACCAUGUUCCCUGCUCUUACAUGGUGAGAACUGUGUAAUUCCACAGUAAUGGCCCUGUGAAUAACAUCCAGUGUAAUUACAUAUAAACACCAUGGCACAUAUACAUAUAUAUAUAUAUAUUCCACCAGAGAAUGAACCAUUGACAUUUACUCGGUUAUUACAAUGUUAUUACAUUAUG